AUGGCCCACCCACCGAUCAUGUGCGCCUCUGCCUCCGCGGUCCCCAUGGAAGCCUCCGCCUCCACCUCCGCUCGUAGAUCUGCCGUGGGCCCCAACCCCGGUGGCGCCAAGAAGCCACGCCUCGCGCAGCCGCAGCCACCGCAGGACCCCAGAUCUUACGCCGUCGUCGCUUCCUCCAAUGGCACCGCCAGCGCUGCUGAGCAAGCGCUCGUCGAUGAGCUGCUCGGCCAGUACCGGACCACGCUCGGGGAGCUCACCUUCAACUCCAAGCCCAUCAUCACCAACCUCACCAUCAUCGUUGGUGAGAACCUCUAG